AUGUGCCGCAAGAAGUUUUGGGGGCAAACGAACAAGAAGAAACGAGAGCAGGAGUCGUGGAAACCUGGGCAGAACGGGGUGCACCUUGCAAACAUCAAGGACCCGGACGAUCGUAAACGGAGUACGGGACUUCCGUGCACGAUCCAGGCUCGAACCCCGGAUCUGUUUGUCUAG